GUCGCGGACGGACUGAUGAUCACCUUCAGCUUUCCAUAGUACCACGCCAGCUGCAGGACUACUGAGAUCUCGACAUGUUCGAGUAAGACGCCCCGCAAAUACAAGAUAGAAAGCAGUGCACAUCAUUGUAUUUCCAGACAAUGGCAUCCACAGAAACAUCAGGAUUAAUUACUGGAAGGCUUGUCUAACACUGAACUCACUGCCCUAUCCAGAUCAAGCUAAGUUAAGCUCAUGAAAUAAUACCCAAGCAAGACAGAGCUAAUUGCGUGUGCGAACGAUCUGGAAAAUAUUGCUUGUUAUUUCCAACUAGGUAUUUGGCCUCUCCUUGCCUUGAUGUACUGUAGUUGAUGUGUGUACCCUGGCUUUGUUAUGUGCAUGAAGGAAACAGAAACUGCAUUGAAUGAGAUUUAUGGAUAAAGGUGAUUGGAAUCAUUUCAGCAGUUUUGGAUAAUGCAAAAUUGCCAUGGGUGAUUAGAAUAGUAAUCAUUGAGAUGAAAUCAGUCAGUCAGUUGGAAUACCACAGCGACAGUCAUUGCUUUGCUUGGCUGGUCACAAAGACGAAGGAACAUAGACAAAAUAUUUACGUAUUUUCAGUUCCUGAGCUGAACUUGCUGUACAUGUGAACAGAAAUUCACAUUAGUGUGCAGGAAUGUCAUGAUUUUUUUGUGAUAGAGUGGAAUGAUCCAAUAAUGAUGCAAGAAGAAAAAAAGCUUCUUCUCUGUUUGGCAGCUAGCAACAUUUUUCAGCAUCAUUUCUCCAGUUAAUGGAAACAGAAAUGGAGGAAAAGAAUCAUAAACAUGUCAGAAAUAACAGCAUUUGGGCUGAUGAUCCUGAUGGAAAUAUAAGCAGCAGCGUCAUGGCACAUAGUGUGGGAAAUACUGGGAGGGAUCAUAGAGCACUUACCUCACCCACCUCGCCUAUGUCUGAUGGAGGAAGGGCAGGAAAUGGAAGGGUGAACAGAAUGCAAACAGUGCGGACCGAGACAAUAGAGGAGACUGUGUGUGUCUAUGAAAUCUCUAAUUCAGGAAAGGACACCGAUGAGCUAGGAGCGAGGAGAAAAUCAGAUACACUUUGUGCAGAGGUGAUGAGGAAUGGUGCAUCAUCAAGGAGACGAUCAUCCAGUCCCAGCUCUGGUAGUGAUAUGCUGCAGGGGAGAAAUAGAAGUGGUAUCCAAUCAAACACAUCACAUGGUAUUAAUUGGGAUGAUGCCUUGCAUCAGAAGGAGAAUAGCAAUUCUAAUCAUCUACCUGGACAUGCUGAGCCAGUGGAAGAGGUGUUUUCACCCCUCACAGUUUUGAAGUCAGAUUUAACCAGUCCAACAGACUUGACAUCACCACUGAUAACUACAAAAGCUGGUCAUGCUGGUGAUGGGAAAGAUUCUCAGGUGGUGGAUAAGAACAUAGAUGUUAAGCACUCAACCCCUGUAGAUGGAUACUAUCAUGUUAAACACAACCCUGCCUAUAAAGAUAUGGGUAGACCAGUUAUAGCUGGUGAUCCGUCAUCUAACCUAGGGUAUCCUCAGGAGAAAUAUCAACAGAAUAGCCCUGAGCAGACUACUUAUGAUCCAUCCAGUGGAUAUCGCUUGCAACCUCCAACUUCAUUAUUUCUGAAAGAGAAGCACUCUGUAACAGGACCCCAGGACAACACACCAAGUGAUAUAGAGUUCUAUGAUUGUCAUUCACAACUUGGUGAACAGAGAGAGACUCCUGAUCAAGAACUCUUUACACCAGAAACUGACAGCAGCUUAUUAAAACAAAAUGUGGACAAGAAGAACAGAAGUGACAUGUCAAGUUCUUCAGAGAGAUGGCAUACUGGAACAGAAGGUUCCAUCGCUAUGCACCAAGCCUUACAUGAUUCAGAAGAAGGGGAUGUAAGUCUAGGCAAGAAGAAAAUUGAGCAUACCACACAGAUGAGUAGAGCUGAUUUUCCAUCUCCACCCAAUCCAACUCGUAUCCCAAGGUUUCAAAAAGACCCAGGAGAUGGUGAGAAUCCCAAGCAAGUGAAAAACACAAGAAGUGUGAGUCCCAGUGCUAUGGAAAGAUUCAAACGUUUCAUUUCAUUUGGGGAGAAGGAUCCACCUCAAAAAAUCAAAGAGGUUCCAUCUAGCUUCUCCAUGUCUUUCCCUUCUCUUCCGGACCUGUCAUCUUCCACCCAAGCUCUCAAAUCCUUCAACCUUUCCCAGGAGGAGCAGCCCCAUUCAUCACCAUCCAGAGGACGUCCAGCAAUGACGCCCUGUGAACGUGGCGAGAAGAGCUGGCGGAAGGAUACAUCUUAUGGUUUCCCCUCUCCUGAGAUAUCUCUAAAGAGACCUCAGACACUCUUCAAGUUUAAUACCUCCCCGUAUGAUAAGAAUACAGAGACACGUAAAACCCGUAGGCGAUCUACUGAGGUACCCUUUGAAGGGUUGACCAGUCCAAUGUCUGCCAGUGAACGACUACUAAGGUCACCUGGAACCCCAAGGAUACCAAUGUCUCCCAGGGAACCCUCAGCUUACAUUGCAGCCAGAGAGAAACAGGCCAAGCUGGAUUUUAGAAUCAACUUCAAGGACCAGGCAAACUUUACAGGUCGACGCCUUCUAGACUGGCUCUGUUCCUCCUGCUCCUCCUUCUCCUCUUUGCCUUGCUCACCUCCAUACCAGGAAGAUGGGGGUUUGCUGAGUCCAUCCUCCAUCUCGGAAGCCCAGUCUGCUGCCUAUAUGCUCUGCACCAAUCUCCUAGAUAUCGGUAUCCUACAGCCCCUUGAGAGCGCCUCAGGGACAGACGUCUUUAAGUUGGACUCCAUGUACUGUUGGAGGCAUGAGAACCAGCCCUCCUCUUCGUCUUCUCUCUCCAGUGGUUCGGUAGCUACAUCUCCUGGCAAACUCACUCCCAUAUGGCCCCCUCAGAAGUCACCAGAAGAUGAUGACAAUCUUGGUGGAAAAUACACAGAAGCUGAGCAUCAGCAGUUGAUCAUGGGUCUGAAACGAGAGCAUAAGGAAGCUUUGGAGAGUCUGAACACUGAACAUGAAGGGUCAGUCUUUGAUGUAAGAGGACAACAUGCUGCCCUUGUUUGUUUGCUAGAGGAUCAGUUAAGUGAUCUGGGAAAGAGAGUCAAGGAACUAGAAGCAGAACAAUACAGAUAUACUAGCAAACAAUGUGUGGAUGUUGCUGUCGAGACUGAUAGGAUAGAGAUCAAUCGGGAACCUUUGCAGAGGCAUAUUGACAAGUUUGAGGAAUUUGCACAUGAGCAGGGGGCACAAGAGCAUCCUCACAAAGCUCAGAAGCCUUCAAGACAUCAAGGACAGACAGGGUCUAACCCUUCAUCUCCUAAUGAGCUGCAUCCAUCAGCACCGGUUGAGAUACCUCAUGGUGCUCUGAUACCACAGUCUUCUCCUCCUCCUCCUCCUCCUCCUCCACCUCCAUUACCAGGUGGCAUGCCAAGCCCUCCACCACCACCUCCACCACCACCACCUCUUGCCCACUCCUCACAUACAGGUAUGCCCCCUCCUCCAGCACCUCCACCAUUACCUGGUGCCUUAGGACAUUCUGCACCACCACCGCCACCUCCGCCACCUGCACCUCCAGGGAUGCCAGGUGUACCUGGGAGGGCCAUGCUUAUCACCCAGAAGAUUCCAACCAGGCCGAUCAUAGAGCCAUCGGUGCCCAUGAAACCACUCUACUGGAAUAGAAUACAGCUUCAUAAACUUGCCAGUCAACGAGGAAACAAUUUGGAAGAAGCCGUUUGGAUGGAUAUGAAGGAACCUGAUGUCACUUCAGAAGAACUUGAGUUACUCUUCAGCAAGAAGCUCAUGAAGAAAAAGAAGCCAUUGUCUGAUAACUACAGCAAGCCUAAAGUCAAACAGGUGGCAAAGUUAUUGGACAGCAAGCGCUCACAGGCUGUAGGUAUUUUCAUGUCCAGUCUACAUGUUGAGAUGAGUGACAUCAGACAUGCUGUUCUCAAUGUGGAUAUGUCCAUCAUAGACCUGGAGAAUCUUCAGUCACUCUAUGAAAUGAGACCUCAAGCGGAUGAGAUAAAGAUCAUCAAAGAACACACAAAGAAAGAAAGUGCCAAACCACUGGACAAACCUGAACAGUUCUUGUUGGAGCUGUCUGAGAUACCAGACUUUGCCAAUCGAGUGUUCUGUAUCACAUUCCAGUCGACCUUCGAAGAGAAUCUAGUGGCUGUCAAAUCAAGACUUACAAUUAUCUGGGACAUUUGUGAGCAUCUACGAAAUGGAUCAAGUGUAAAGCAGUUUCUUGCCUUGGUGCUAGCAGUUGGAAAUUACAUGAAUGGAGGUAAUAGAACAAGAGGACAAGCGGAUGGUUUUGGGCUUGAGAUCCUCCCAAAGCUGAAAGAUGUCAAAAGUGCAAACAACGACGCAAAUCUGCUGGAGUACAUUGUCGCUUGCUAUGUUCACAAAAUUGACAAAGAUUCGGAAACUGAGAGUAAAACGUUGCCCUUACCUGAACCAAGUAAAGUCACUCAGGCAGGUCUUUUCAAGUUUGAAGAUCUGGAAAAAGACCUCAGAAAGAUUCAAAAGGAUCUCAAAGGGUGCGAGACCAAAGCAGAGACAGUACGGAAGAAUUCAAGUGAAGAAUAUCGUCAACCUUUCAGUGACAGCAUGGCUUCCUUCAUCAGUGGAGCAUUAGAAGAUAUCAGCAAGGAAAGCAGAAGAUUAUCGGAUACUAGAAAGAAGUUCCAUGAAGUUACAGAGUGGUUCUGUCUCAAACCUAAGCACGGAGAUAAUGAGGUCACCCCAGCCUAUUUCUUCAAUCUUUGGGCUCCUCUCUGCAGAGACUUCAAGGAUCUAUGGAAGAAGGAACAGCAAAUAGCUGCUAAGAUAAAGUUAAUUGAAAGCCAGGAGUUUGUACGGCAGAAGCAGGAGGAAUGGAGGAAAGCUGCUCCAAUAAAAACAGGGACUAAAAAAGCUGAUGGACUGAAAGCAAGACUGAGCAGAACGGCUUCAACAAAAUCCUAGUAGAUGUCUUGCCUCCUCUCCUUGGAAUGGACUUAGGAUGAGCCAGUGCUUGACAUAAUAUAUACAACUCAGGGAAUAGUGUCAUAUUUUGUAAGGAUUGUAAGUGAGCAGAAGCUUGAAUAUGGUUUCAGGAAGUAUUCAAAUAUGAUUGAAUCUUCAGAUAUUACUAAACAAAGUCUAAGUGUACUCAUGGUCUGUGAAUACACAGAUUACUCUCUUUUGACUGUGAGUUGUACCAUAGACUCAAAUGUAAAGGUUACAUUUUGAGUUGGUCAAUAAGAGUAUUAGUGUUUUAGCUCUUACACCUAACUAUGUAAUAGUAUUUUAUUUUACUACAAAUUAAAGAUGUUCCAUGUGAAUAUGUUGAUUUGUUAAUAAAGAGUGAGGGGCAGAUAAACUGGAUUGGAUUUACAGGGUAUUAGCACCUUCACCUCUCUUUCGUUUCCAAGACAUAUUGCAAAAAACAUGUAUGGUUAACAACUUUCAAGGUAACAUACUACGCAAAAAGAAAUACAGGCUGAACCAGUUUAAUCUGACCAGAUUCAAAUGAACAAAAUGGCACUCAUGGGAUUUGUUGUGUAGUGUGAAACUUAUUAGCUUACAUUUGGGAACCUGCUUUUUUUUUUUUAAUAACUAAAUCUUGUCACGUUGGACAUGAUCUUUCAAUUAUUUAGAUACGUUUGAUAAUUGUAAAUUGUUAAUGAAAUAGUAAUAAUUCAAUCGUGCCACAAUUUUUGUAUUCCUACUUUAGUUUGAAAUAGAAAUGAUUAGAGAACACUUUCUUUCACUUCCAAUUAUGAUAUUGUCACAUUUUUGUUUGAACAACUCUAAUUCAGCUGAAUUAUGAUUGCUUUCAAUUUGAAGAGAAGAGCAUAAAACUUGGCCAGAAGCUGAAAUGAUUACAUUAUAUUCAUAGCAAUAAAACUAUGCAGUAUUGUAGAACCAUAAAAGUAGGUUCAACAUUUUCCAAUUUUGUUUCCAAGAGUAAUCAGAUAAUUCUGUUGAGAACAGAUACAAGCAAGUACUGCAAGUUUAAAUUUUAUCACCUCUGUUUUCUUGAAAUUCCAUUGAGUUUUGAAUGUUGUCUGCCGGUAUUUGUUAUACUGGAGUAUUUUUCUUUGUUUUUUUAUUUUUUUGUAAUUAUGUGUGACAUUUUUCUUACCCUUUCCUACCAUUACGUUCUCCCCUCCAUCGUUUUUUGUUUUGUUUUCUUGUUUGUUUGUUUUUGUUUUUCUUGUUACCAUGUUGUUCUUUGUGUGAUAUGUAUGGAUUAUUUGUUGAUGCACCACAUUGGCUUCCAAUAUUUCUCAAUUCAACUGAUUGUUGUGUGUGAUGUAUAGCUGAACAAAGGAAUCUUUAUUGAUCUAUGCAGAAAAUAAUGGCAGAUGAAGAGGCAGAUAACGAUGAAGUUGGGCAAUACCCUCGACUAUUAAUACAUUGCAAAGGAAAGUGUGUCAUGUAGUGUAGUAGAGAAAAAAGGGUAUUAGAGAAUUACUUGAAUGUUCAAAGUAAAUUAUUUUAAAUCUAGUCUUCUCCAUUUACUCAUCUCUCUCUCUCUCUCUCUCUCUCUCUCUCUCUCCUUGAGUAUCACUUACCUUAUGUAUGUAUAUAUUCAUCUUAAAUCUUUAUCAAACUUCUCAUUCAUGUUAUUUUCUCUUCAAAUGUUUACUAUUAUCUUGUAUGAUUGCUAAUUCGUAACUAGGUCAUUAGUAUCUAUUAUUUCUAUAAACAGUGAUGCAUUUGGCCAUGAAAUCUGUCACAAGCUUGGGUUUUCUUCUACAGUUAUUAGGAGAUAACUGUUGUAUCAUUUACAUAAAGCCUUUGUCGCCCUCUAUGGCUUUGUAUGGUAUAUUUUGUCUGAUUUAGUGCCUUCCCAAAGGCAAUAUUUUCAUUUGAAUAACAAAAAAGUCUGUUUUGUUACUGUUACAUUAAACGUUGUUAUCUAAUCUUAUAAGUGUCAUGAUUUGAAGUUUUAGCAAGCAAUAAGAGAUUGAGGUAGCUGAAUAUAAAUCUGUAAAAGAGAUUAAGUUAUGUAUUCAUUUUCUGUUCUCUGUUCAUUCAUUGUAGUGCAAUAAAAUUUCCUUUCAUAAUAUGUAUGCUUAGUACUAAGUAGUGAAAUGAUUUAAUCCAAGGUAGGGUUAAAACAGUACUGUCUAACUAUAAAUAUAAUUACGAAAUCUUUUUUAGGUAAAUAUGUUAUUCCUGGAUAUUCUUGAGAGAUAUCAAAUCCAUAUGUAUGUGUUUGCAGUAUGAAUAACUAUAAGAUUGCUCUUGACUUGUACAUUUCCUCUUUUUAGUUUCUUAAUGAAUCAUUUGCUAAGAGACUUGUUGCAUGAAACUCAUGUCUUUCACAUUAGUUUGUAAACAAAGUAUUCAAAAGGCUGAUACAUGUAAAGGAUUCACAAAGUAUUUUGACUCAAUUUUGUUGUAUAUCUUAACAGUGAUAAGUAAGUUCAUAAGUUGAACUUUUUUCUUUGGUCAUAUUUUAAAUGUUUUUGCUAUGAGUACAAUAUAUUCAAUAAACUUUAAAUUAAUUGAUAUUUGUAUUCAUACUAGUCAUAGUUUAUAAACUAGUUUGUCUGAACUCA